CUUGCCUCAUCUUCUGGCUUCAAACUAUGAUUAUAGCAAAUUGGUUUUCUUAGCUGCACAGACAGAUGCCGUGGUCUUUAAACGAAGUAUCUUACGUGGAGGGAGACCAGUUUCCGCAAAAUGAGACAGCACACAAUUGUAAUAGUGAAGAAAAAUCAGAAUUCAACAAUAAUUCAGCAACCAACACAUUCGGCAUUGGUUUGCGAGUUGUUCCUCUACACGACUGGAAAUCAGAUGAGGGCGAUGGUGCCAGCAUCCCAGACGGUGGUUUAGGCACAGUUGUCGACUUUGUCAAGAAUGCUGCCGAUACAUCUAAGAAGAUGGCAUUGGUACAGUGGGACAAUGCAACCCGUAAUGGUGUCUACGAACUUUGUAUUUUUCAUAUGUCUUCUUUGGGUAAGUGGGUUGCUUUCUUACAUCAUGUUAUGUGUGGCAUUACACUUCUUUUCAUGGUUUAAAAACGCAUUAAGAAACAUGACUAGGAUCAAAUAAUGAUCCAAGGAAGCUUUGAUUAGUUGCAAUAAGUUCCAUGAUAUACUUUCGCUUUGAGAAUGUAAAAAUACAAUUGCAUGACAAUUGCGCCGGAGGAAAUCAUAGUGAAUUUCAGUUUCAAAAAUCGUCUUUCAUUUUUACGUCAUGAUAUAGAUCUUCUUUCCAGUUCAUUUUAGUAAGUGAUUUGUUUGAAUAUCUGGCUUUAAAAUACACAAAUUAGCAGCCGAACAAUGUGUUGGUGUCGACAAACAUAAAUCUUUUGAGUAGACGGAAUAUUAAUUACAAAUUAAUUACUAACACGCCAUUAGUAACCUUGUAAUCUUUCUCUCAACCUUCAAGGAAUAAAACACGAAGGUGUCAUCUGCCGUACGUGCAAUCAAGACCCAAUUCUCGGGAUCCGUUGGAACUGCCUGGAUUGCGAGGGUACUUCGGUGGACCUAUGUUCAGCUUGUUACAUGGCCGAUGAACACUGUACAGCUCAUGCCUUCUGGAGAUAUAAUUCCGCCGAUGACAAGGGGUAGGAAUAACAAUCAUUUUAUUUAUUCAGACUGGAUGAACGAAAAGUAUUGAUUUUUGUCGUUGCAAGCAUAAAAAUAACUCUGAAGUUUACUUUUCGAUUUUAAAUUUAAAUUUAACCCCGUUUGUAUCUCAAGCGAAAAUAUUCGUCGUAUACAUGUUAUCACCUCAAGCGCUGGUAAGAGACUGUGUUGCGUGACGAGUUAAACGGGGACUGUCUUUAGGAGACUCUUCCCAAAUGUAUCGAAACAUUUUGCAAGUUUUAACUUUAAGUAUUUUUCAGUGAUUUGUAAUAGGAGAAUGAUGACAAGUGAGGGCAGAAUUGAUCUUAACUAAAUUCUUUAAUGAUGCCGACGAUAACAGUUCAGAGAGGAAAUUUUUAUCUCAGUUGAUUAUUUGUCAGAGAAUCGGAAAGCGAAUUUACCAGUCUGGUGUUUUUGUAAUCAAGUUUAACCUGUGCUUGCUUUCCAUGUGUUUGUUUUCAUAAGAGUUCAACUUUUGAUAUUGUUAGCUUGCUUCGGUAAACUACAUCUAACCAAAGUACUUAGAUAUAGUUACGCAUGAUAGCCUUGGUGAUCAGUUCUUUCAUUCAGAGAAACCAUGCUUUGUCUUAUCUCUAGGUUAAAUAGAAUAAAUGAAUACAGGACAAAAGGUUAAAUUAUCCCUUAAAAAAUUCUUAAUCUCUCUCACCGAAAUUUUUAAUUAUUAAGAACUGAUAACCAUCAAUUAAUCCCUUAAUAUAAUUUUCUUUUGUUUUUCUGUUGUUAUGUUCUCGGUAUGUUUUCAAUCAUUUCCUAUCAGCCCAACCAAACUCUUGCCAUCAGACUCGCUCGUUUUCCUCGGUGGUUCAACUCCUCAUGUAUUAAAGUGAUUUGUUUAAGGUUUUUUUGUUUAACCCGUAAAAUACCCAGGGUUUGUGUGUACAGAAGAAUUAACACAGAGGGAAUCCGUGCAAGAGGUAUCUUCCCAGGCGCACAAGUUGUAAGGGGUCCUGAUUGGGAAUAUGGUGACACGGAUGGAAACUCCUCUGGAACAGUGACAAAUAUAACAUGUUGGCGUGGGAGCAAUGCCAUUGCAGUUCACGUUUUAUGGGAAGUUGGUACAAAAGGCACCUAUCGACUGGGUCCUGAUGGAAAGGUGGGUUAAAAUCUUUCUAAAAAAACUUGGAUUACUCUUGUAAAGGUGCGCACAAUGCAUCCCCUCACCCUCCCCCCCCCUCCUACAAUGUAAUGUGAACCUCUAUGGCUACUACCUUUCUUGUACUGAAACAUUGAUGGUACUCGUUGGUAGUGGGGAAGGGGGCGAGGGUUAGGGAGAGGGGCUUUCUUAAAACAAGUGCAACCCGCUGCUGAUCGGAGUACUUAGUAUGAAGUAAGAACCAUUCGCUUUUGUUUUACCGCAACUUAUAUUCGACUGAUUUUUUUUAUUGUUGCUGUAAAGGUCGAUUUGAAGUGUAUAUCUGUUUUACUGAUGAAAAGAUACUUAUGUUCGUCUAAUCUGUUGAUUUGUUGCGGUAAAGGUGGAUUUGAAGUGUAUAACUGCUGCCUCUGGCGGUCCUUCUACAAGUCUCACCUGCCAAGACUUGGACCUUUUCCACAGACAUCACCUGACGUAGAACAAAGCCCAGACGAACCGGUUACAGGGUUAAAAUCAAGCUCUCUAACAGGCGAACAAGAAGAUUCUUUGGUUGAAAGCCGUAACCGUAGCAUUCGCCCGCUAUGUACAGAAGCUGGUUCAACAGUCAGUGAAGGAUUACAACAGCAAACAGGCGCGAAAGGUGUCGAAGUGAGUUCCUUUUACUUUCUGAAUUCAGAGUGAAUUGAUAGUUGAUUCAGUCACCAAAAUUCCCGAUUUAUAAUCGAUUUGGGGGUGGACACAAAGACAAAAAGUGUUAAGACACAGUCAAAAAGUUAAAUAAAGUAAAGGUAAACCAGACACAACAAACAAUCAACUUUGUAGAAAACCAGAGCAAAAUAUUGCUAAGACAUACGCAAUUCAAAAUCGAUGGCGAAGGUGCAGUUUAAUAGAUAUGAUUGGAGGGAAAAAGCGAAAUAAACUAAAACAAAAAAACAAAGAAACAUGGCGAAUCAAGGCAAAAUGGGCAUACUUUCGAUCUAUAAUAGUAAUAAUAAUAAUAAUAAUGAUAAUAUUAAUAAUAAUAAUAAUAAUAAUCUUUAAAGAGGAAGUUCCCGUCACAUUACGUGGAUUUCAAGGGGGUCCUCCUUAACUAAGAUAAAAUAACGUAAACAAUUACAAACGAAUUACAAUACAGUAACGUGAACUAUUUUAACCGAUUUCAGUCAUUCCCAGAAAGACUUAAGCAUUAAGGCUUACUAAACUAAAGGUACUAAAAUGCUAAUGUUAUAAUAAUAGGCAAACGCUUGUAAAUGAUGGAAUGUGGUUGUUGUUAAUUUUGGUUGGGGUAUGUCAGCAGAACACUACACCAUAAUCACAGGACAACUGUUGGUGCAGUGUAACGAAAAAGAAUAACAUAAACUCCAGUUCAGUGAGAUAGUCUUCGUCCCUCAUCACUGAUUAAAUGGUUCGAUUUUGUUGCUAGGCUCGGAGAUCUUCGCUACAUCGAGCAUCAAUUAAUGGGGAUUGGCACUUAGUGAAGAGGCUACUGGAGGAUGGGCAGGGUGUUGACCAAAGAGACAAGGUAGCUUUUGUUAUUAUUUCUUUUGGUUCAAGUUGCUUAUGAGUAUUACUUCACAAUUUAUUUAAAUGCAUUCUUUGAGUCAGCAAUUAUAUGUUCUCAUUUCAAAAAGUUCGUUGUCCCUUCUUUUACAGUUUUUGUUGACGCCCCUUCACCUUGCUUCAUGGUAUGGACACGAGCGUGUUGUCGAAUUGUUGUUACAGCAUGGUGCAGAUGUAAAUGCUGUGGACAGUGUAGGCGAAUUUGUUUUUUUAUGUUUUCAUGCACAAAAAGCACUUGAGGAUUGAUAUCAUCAUGCGAUGCUUUUGGUAUACUAUAUCUUUAUUUUAAUGGAUUUAGUAACAUCCACAAUUUCUUGGCGUGAUUGAUAGUAAUUUAAGCAUUAUUGAUCCAAACAGUAUGCGAACGAGAACAUAGCACGCAUAGAAUUCCCUUGCUUCUCAUCAAGUUUCAGAAAACAUCUCUUCAAAAGGCUGAGCGUCAUAAUCACUGCUCCAUAAUGAAGCUGCUCCUCAAAUAUGGUGCAUCUCAAAGUUAUCAACAGCCGGUACGAAUAUGAUAAUCUUAUGAUAUUGUAAUUUUGUUGAUCAGUAACAAACAAGACUAAUAUAACAGAGAUAAAUUAUCGUGGCUUUAUUCGAUAAUCUUACUGAUCAGUCAGGGUGGAAAAAAUCCCUUUUUUUCCCUUUUCCUAUGCUUCUCAUUCGACUUUCAUAUCGUAGAUAAAUCCUUGUUAAGGAAAAUGUCUUCUUAAUUUUUGCAUUAUCGUUUUGUCUCAGUUUCGGAAAAGCAACAGGAGAUUUAGUGCUGAUUUUUCAAUUAAAAAGAGACAUUGGUAGCCCCGAAAUGAUAAAUAUUUUCUGCCUUUUAAUUGACAGAGGUAAAAAAAAAAGGUAUUACACUAGUAUUUGCUGAUCCUUUAACUACGUCUGCCACGAUUUUUUAUAGUCUUGGAUUUAUCUGAUGUAAGUGAUUAAAUCUGUUCGGAAGCGAUAACGAAAAUCUCCUUUAAAAGCAGGCACGUUUAAUCGGUAAAAAGACAGUAAAACGGUAACGACUUAAAAUACAAACUCAACAACAAAAACACCCAAAAUGCGACUAAAACUGAAAAAAAGCCACGCGAGAAAUCGUACGCGUAACUUGCUUACGAACUGGUCAAAUUCAAAUGUCUCAGCGCGCGCGUGCUGAUCGCACGACACGCCAGUUCGGUACUUUCUUCUUAACAAAAUCAUAUAUGUUUAACGGGCCUGUGUAAAUCAUGGAACAAACGACGCGAUAAGUAAUAUGAAGAAAGUACAUGAAAGACUACCUGUCGUUCAAUUUUUACGGUCAUCCUUUGGCCAAAACCACUGACAUUGAUUUUUGAUUUAAUUUAUUGCAGCUUAGUCUUGCUUCACUUUCGAAGAGGGCUUUCUUGGCGAUUGAUCAGAGCUCUGGGUUUAAUAUGCUACAGGCUGCCGUGUAUGAAGGAAAUUAUCCCACAGUUGUAGCUGCCAGUGUGUACAUUGAUAACUUCCUGGAGCAAAUGGCUAUGGUAAGAACUCUAACUAGCGCCAGGUCAUUUCCUGGAAAAACUGCUUUAGAUAUUGUUUCUGACUUAAACAAAGAAGGCCACGCCCAAAUUAGGCAGAUAUAUUUAGACCAGAAGGGGUGCAUGGCCACAAUUACAGAGCUCCACAAAUGUGCUGACGAUGGCGAUGUUGAAAAAGCGGUCGAACUCGUUUUAAAAGACGGUAUCGAUGUGAACACCGAGGCUGAAGGAAAUCGCACGCCUCUUCUUUGGGCCAGUUUACGAUCUUCCAGUCUAUAUAUCAAAACACUCAUCGACCUCGGCGCUGACACAGCGUUUCAAAGAGAAGAUCAAUGCACGCCGUUGAUGAUGGCGACACAUUGGAACAAUUACAUGGCCGUCUACCAUCUCUCCAUGCAACAGAUGAAUGCAGACGUGAGUUGUAGCACGGGUCAUGCCGCACUGCAUGUUGCAGUGAUGAAAGGAUUUUUUCAUAUCUCUAAUCUCCUUGUACGCUCUGGGUGCAAUGUUACCUUGAAGACCAAAAGUGGUAAGACGCCACUCCGUCUGGCAGUUCAAAAUGGACAUAGACACCUCGUGAGGCUUUUGUUGGAAAACAAUGCCGAUGCGAACAUGCGCGAUGAAAGUAAUGCAAAUGAAAGGCUAUUUCUUGUUCGGGGCAAUGAGAAAGGAAGACCAGCCUGGUAUUAUAUUAUGGUUGAGAGAUCUCUUUUGGGUUUGUUUCUGAAACGAACUCAUGGAGGAAAACUAGAUGUAAAUAACUUUGGUACUAUUAUUCGAUCAGGAUUGGGGGAGCCUCCUUCAGAAGCCGAAAUAACAAAAAAUUUGAACAAGUCGAGUGAAUUUCGGAAAGAUCCUAUAGGUAAGACACCCCUCCACAUUGCGUGUGAAAUUAAAAAUGGAAACCUUGAAGUCAUUGAGCUUUUGGUUAAGUAUGGCGGAGAGAUAAAUGCUCGAGAUGGGGAUGGCUUCACUCCACUGCAGACGGCAGCAAUACUUGGCAAGAUGCAGACUGUCACAAAGCUUGUGGAGCUAAAAGCCGAUGUCAACUUGACUACGAAAGAUGGAAAAGAUGCCGCCGACCUAGCUCAAAUGAACGAAGAACCUAUGAUAGAGGAAUACCUCAAAUUAAGAAGGAACUCCCUCAUGAGGAUUUGGAAUUCAUUAGUCAAAAGGUAG